AUGUCGGCAAAUGGAAGUAAAUGGAAAAAAGGGCUGGAAGAAGGACAACAACAAAGUUUAAUACAAAAGUGCCUUCAAGAACGGGUCUGUGAGCUCUUUUUAAUGCAAGAUUAUAAUAUCAAAAAAAUAAGCAACAAUAACAACAACAACUGUCCAAUUUCAUCACCCCCUCCAUUUUUUCGUUCCCCAACUUUUCUUAAUGAACGAAUACCUCAAGCACUUUUUAGCAAUGGUACAAAAGGUUUAUUACCCAACAACAAUCGUUUAAGUGAUAGUGGCGGAAGAAGGGAAGGAGGUGGAGGAAGUGCUGUGGGUGGUGUGGGGGUCACCGGAAAUGGCGGCAGUGUUGUUCGAAACAUUCCUAUUCGUGUGUUGGAUACUCCCGAUAAUUUAUCAUCAAAGGUUUAA